UUUUUUUUGUUGUUCGGGAGAUUUUUCGAUUACUUAUCAUAAAUUUUUUUUCUGUGUAGGAUCGAAUGGGAUUUAAUUUAACCAUUGUAUCGCAUAGAUAUAUGUUCCAAUCUGUUUUCUAUGAAAUAACACUUCCUGAACCAAUGAAAAUUGCCUAUGAAGAAUGUGUUCGUUUUUUCAAACGUGAAAAUGGUGUUUGUGGUAAACAUAUGAUAAUUUUUCUCCAUCCACGUUAUGGUAGCGUUGAUAUUGAUUAUCAUCUAAAUGAUCGUACAUAUCAUUUGAAAGUGACAACAUUACAGGCUUUAAUCUUAUGUCAAUUCGAAUCUGAAGAUGUUGAACAAUUGACAUUGAAAAAAAUGGCUUUUGCAACCAAAAUUAGAGUAGAUGAUUUAUUGGUUACAUUGAAAUUUUUAAUGGAAAAUAGUUUUUUUUCUGAUAAUGGACAAAUGAUUGCAAUUCCACCAUUGUUGGUGAAAGAGCCAAAUGUUUCUGUAUUCACUUAUGAUGACACAUUUGCAAUGAAUAAACAAUUUCGAUCACAAAGAUUGAAUAUCAAUUUGGCCAAAGCAUUCUGGUGUGAUCUGUCCAAGAUUCAUUAUGGUGAUGAUCAUGGAUUGACUAUUAUGAAACCUGAACCAAUGGAUGUUCAGGAAAAUGUUAAUAAUAAUGAAAAUUCGUUUACACCAUCAUUCUUUAUUCGUAUUAUUAAUGGUGAUAAUGUUUAUAAUAUCCCAUGUAGAGUAAAUAAUGAUAUUAAUGUUGAAAUAGAAUCAUCACAAAUGCAGAUGAUCAAAGAAGAAGAUGAAAAAAUGGAAGUAUCAUCAAUCCCAUUGAUCACUGAUGAAAAUAAUGGUAUUGAUAUUGAUUCACUAUUGAUCUCAAUGAUUGUUGUUGAUGAUAAUGUACUUCAAUCAGUUUUGAAUUUAUUGCAUCAAAGACGAUGGUUACCAUUUAAAAUAAUUUUAGAUCAUUUGAUAAAAAAUUUUCCAUUGUUUACAUCUGAAAAUUUACGACAACAAUUGGAAACAUUGAUUGAAAUUCGGGCAAUCAUUCCUCAUCGAUUGAAUGAUACAGUUUUUUCGUUGACCGAAAUUCUUCGUUAA